UGUAUAAUCAUAUGGUGGUAGUGGUGUUGAUUAAUCUAUGUACUUGGUGACGGCAGUUGAUGAUGGUCAACUAAAAAUGUUGGUAAAGUCAUUGUUUAGGACAUUUUGGGAAGAGCAUCUCAUUGAACUACCAACAUCAAUAUUUUUGAAUGAGUAAAAAUACAUGACUUAGGAAUCUCUUUAUAAUUUUGUAUUCAAUAUUUGAAGUGGCCUUGAUAUAACUCUUUUACUUCAUGUCUUGUCAGGUAUCUUGUACAAGGGAAUGAAACAAUAAGUGUUCUAAAAUGCCAAGCAAUGUGAAUGCCUCUACAAAUACUGUAGCAAAAGAUGCAGUUGCAGAGCUCACUGAAAUAUUGAAACAGUGGGAGGAAGAGCACACAGUCCCUGGCAGUGACCCGACUCCACAUCUCAUCAAGCUUUGUGAAUUAUUUGAGCUACAUACCCUGAGUUUUCUUAAAAGGGAUCCUGACCCAUUUGAUGACCGGCAUCCUGUCACAUCUGAUCCUGAGGGAGCUUUGGGACAAAUUUUGAGAGCACUUUUGAAGCGAGAUGUAUUCAUUACCAAGCUUGUUAACCACUACUUGCGAGACAACUACUUCUCAUCUCAAGGCCAUACUCGAGACUCAACUCCAGUCAACACUGCUGCCUGCAGGCUCAUGCUGGACCUCCUGCAAGGACUUGAUAUCCCCCAGGUUUUCCGCGAUGGAGACUCAACUGUGUCAAAGUUGUUCACGUGGGCUGAGAAGGCGCCAGAACCACUGCGCACAUAUGCUACAGGCCUGCUUGCUGCUGCUGUGGAUAUUCCUGACAUAGCAACUAACUUCAGGGACAGUAAUGCUCAUCUUCUCCCAAUUAUGUUGAACAGGCUCUGGGAUCUGAAAGAUGAAGGAGAGGACGCUGCGUCUGCUGCGAGUGGCAUAGAAGACCUCCCAGCGCGGCCAUUUGCUCAUUUGAAUGGUGACAGUGAAGCAGCAGCUUUCAGUUUUGCAAAUAACAAUGACUCAAUCGAGAAACAGUCGCCCUCCGAGACGCACUCGACUAAGUUUUCACCACGCAAUUUGGACAGAACAAAGAACAAUUUGAAUUCAUCAGGGAUUAACGCAGACUCAUUUCCAUGUACCCUAGGAAUUAGAAGAUCAUCAAAAUCCAAUUUAGAGAGCUUAAAUUCUUCCAAGAACAAUGCAGACAGAACCUCUGAACGAGUCCCCAGCUCUGCUCAGUCUCCGUGCAAGUUGUUCACCGCAGCUUCCCCUGCAAGCAACAUUGCAAGUCCUGCUCCUAAUUCUUCUGCACUGAUGAACUCCUCCUUCUUGAACUCUGACUGCUCCAAUUCAUCCUGGGCUGAGAUGUCCAGUUACAUUUUGGGCUCCUACCAAAUGCAUCCAGUCACUCGCGACACUAAAGUUCUAUUCAUCCUCAAGUACUUACGCCCUGUAGGAGAAUAUCAAGAGAGUCUCGGUAACGUCUUUGAAUAUCGAGCAUUGGAUCUUAUUUUCCAUUAUAUUAACGUGAGAAAAACUUGUCAUGCUAGACUUUCUUUUGAGGCAUUGAGGUUUCUUGGCUCCUUGCUAUUUCACAAGAAAUUCUGUCUCGAAUUCGUCAAUAGAGGAGGCGUGCAAAUGUUGAUGCAGAUACCUCGUCCAUCUCUGCCUGCGGAUGGCGUUGCUCUAUGUCUCUGGUAUCUAGGAUACUGCGAGGAGGCCAUAGAGCGGAUGUGUAUGCUACCCGACAACGUGCUUGAGUCGCUGAUAAAGUAUGCUCUGUGGUUGAUAGAGUCCGGCCACCCGUCUGGAUGCACUCAUUCCAUCAUGUUCUUUGGGCUUGUGUUCCGGUUCCGGGCAAUUCUCGACCGCUUCGACCAGCAGGACGGUCUCAGGAAGCUCGUCAAUGUCAUGUCGACGAUGUCGAUCCUGCAAAAUCUAACAGAAGAAGACGCACCGGACGAUCCUGACGAAGGCAUGAUGUGGCAGAGGGUAAAACAUGUCUGCCUCACAGUGAAGAACUACUUUGAGGCUCACUUGGCCAUUCGUGCACACCACACUUCGUAUCAACGUUCUUUGUCUAGCAAUCACUCAGCCACUCCUUGCUACAAACCUCUUAAUGUGUCCUGGGAGUCUGUCACUAGGAAUGUUGAGGCUCUGCUUGAGGGGUUACCGCUUCGUGCCCGUUGGGAGCCCGUUGAAAACUUCCUCAAACUAAAUGGCGUUUCCAUAUUUCUUCAAGUUGUGGCGGUGGUUCUCAACAACAGGUACAGCACUCAUCGUCCUGAAACUGCAGUGUCGGCCCUCGAUACGCUCUACAUCUGCUCUGUUAUGCCUCAGGUUCAGAUGGCUUUCUGCGAGAAGAUCACAAUCCCUGCCAGUGAAGAUUUCUUCCGCAACGUCAACCCGAUGGAGGCGCCUGGGUUUGCGGUUCUAGUCGCGUGCAUCCCUGAGACAAACAUUCAGCCGAUGAACGCCACUCCUGAGGUGCAACGUGCAGCUCUGCAUGUGCUUGUCAACUGCCUCUGUGCGCCGCUGAAUAGGUCUGGAGGUGCGUCAUUCAGGUCUGUGGACGGUACGCCGUCAGGGAGGAAGACGGCGAGGUCGUCUGCUGCAAACUCUGUAGCGUCUGAGGACAUCGUCACCAAGAGCUGGGAUUGCGUGAGGACAAGCAACGGAAUCAUGUAUUUGCUGUCGCUGCUGCACAAGAAGCUGCCCAUCACAGACGCGGACUGCACGCGUGCGUUGGCGUGUCGUGCACUGGUGGGUUUAAGUCGUAGCGAAGCUGCCCGUCAGAUCAUGAGCAAACUGCCCAUGUUCACUCAGGGUCAACUGCAGCUGCUCAUGAGGGAGCCUAUCCUUCAGGAGAAGCGUGCUGACCACGUCAAGUUCCAGAGAUACGGACUCGAGCUUAUCAACGCAGUUAGCGGGAAAGCCUCGGGUGGUGCUGUUGCCACUGUGAAUGCCGGUGUGAGCGCCUCGUCCGCCAGUGUUACUUCGGACAUUUCUUUGCUUUCUAUUCACAAAGCUGAUGUGGUGGCACAAACGCGUAUUGGGUACAAUAAGCGCCAGUUAUUACAGCUCAUGCAGAUGCAUCUCGUUAAAGAAGGUCUACACAACGCAGCCAUGGCCUUGCAGUUAGAGGCAGGUCUUCCCCCACUGCCCCAUCCUUGUCCUAUGCCACCUCCGCUCGCCCUCACGGCCACGCCUGCCCCCAGGAACCGUCAUCUUGGCACCCCUGGCGCUCGUAACAUUUUUUCACCUCUUGCUCGGCCAUCUGUUGAACGUCCAUCGCCUUCCACUACCUCAACUCCGACGUCCGCCGCCCCCAACUCUUCUUCAGCCAGGGGAGCGCCUAUUGGGAGUGGUUUGCCUUCUACAAGUGCUGGUCCAACACCGCUUUCAAUUAGACCUGGCCGAGGAUUAAAGAGGUCGGCGGACGGUCGUGCUUUGCCAAACCCGUCGGUAUCCUCCGAUUCUUCUUCCACCGACAUGUCAUCCACUCCAGUCUCGUCCACCGCACCAAAUUCUAGAAUGAUCUCUACUACGCGUAUUUGCUCUACGCCCACUCCCUCUUCUCGCGUCACUUGUUCCCCUCAAAUUACCCAUAGCCGAACAUCAGGGGUUUUAGUAACUCCCAGCCGCAUUUCUACGCCCACUGCCGCUGAUUGCGCCGCUGCAGCCGCAUCCUGCAAUGCAGUUCUUUCCUCUAGUAAGAUGUCCAUGGUCCCCUGCAGCACCACAAGCUAUGGUGCGUGCGGACAAAGCAACGUACCAAGCAGCGGCAUCAGCUUGGAUGGCAUCGUUCGCGAGUAUCUCACCAAUCAACACGCGCUCUGCCAGAACCCUGUGGUCACCUGCCCUACCUUCGAUCUCUUCCACCCUCACCGGUGUCCGGAACCACGGACAAACAGGAUCAUCGGUGCGUACAACAUCGCUCACCGCAUCACGCACCGCAGCUACUCAGUUCCACGUCUGGUCCGCGCGUUUGGUUCUUAUCACGGCAACAUGCGCGGGUCUCACAACCCUGGCGGUGGUAGCACGGCUUACUCGCUCAAGGCCCUCGAUCGUAAGUUCAUAUACGGCAGGUACCGACCUUCUGAAAUCAUCAGACCGACUACUGACGGAUCUGCGUUCACAACCAACUGCUUCUCGGCCGACAACAAAGGACUCUUCGUGGGCACCAUGCGCGGAGAGAUUAUCCUCUUCAACCUCAGUAACCCCACGGAAGAAGCGUUGUUCACCGCUCACCAAGGUUCCGUCAACCAUUUGUCUAUCCAUAAGUCUGGUUCCUCAUUGCUAUCUUCCUGCGCCUCCGUGUCGGAGGCAGUUCUCUGGAACCUGGACGAAGUGUAUACGACCUCUGAGCCCAAGUUCCACAUCCCCAACUGCCAGUACGCAACUUUCAGCAGUCAGCAAGACAAGAUCUUGGCUACCAUGGACACCAAAGCAACGCUACUAGACAUCGCAACGCAGGCUGUGAUACGAGACUGUCAGCCGACUCUGUCCAACCACUACCAGAACAACCGCGCUGACAUCCACCCUCACGACGAACUCGUCCUUACUGACGGCGUCCUCUUCGACGUCCGCUCUGGCCGCGAGAUCCACAAGUUCGACAAGAUAAACCCCUUGAUAAACGGCCGUUUCCACCGCAAUGGUCUCGAGGUCAUCAGUUCUUCGGAAGUUUGGGACCUGAGAACUUAUCAUCUGCUGCGCACGGUGCCUUCCCUCAACCUCUGCGACGUGAUAUUCAACUCUACGAAUGAUGUCAUUUUCGGCGUUGCUGAUCCCAAUGAAAUGGAGGAGGAUGACUACAACACCAGCUUUAAAGUCAUCGAUGCCAUCAACUACUCCAGCAUUGCGACCGUGGACACUCGACGCGUGGUGUCGAGCCUGUCCAUCAACAGUAUGGACUCGCAGCUGGCCAUCGUCGAGGCGAACGGCUUCCAAGACGAUCUCGACGAGGUGACUACGUGUCGCCUCUACGACAUCGCCAUGACGAGGCAGGAGGAGGACGAUGAUCCACUGAGUGACGAGGAAGAUGACAUCAACAGCGAUGAUGACGACGAUGAUAGUGAUGAUACCGACGACGAGGACCAAGCCGUCAAUGAUGGUGCAAAUGAUGAUAGUGACGAUAGCAGCCCGAAUGACGAAGAUAUUUUCGAUAUCGAUGACGUCUCGUACGACGAAGAGAACCUGAGCAACGACUCGGACUUCGACAACGAUGGCGAUGAUGAUGACGACGAUGAUGACGAUGAAGAUGUUGAAGCAAACAACGACGAUGACAGCGAUUCUGAGUCAGUGUUGUUUGAGCUCAGCACUGACGACCACAGCAACACCGCGGCAACCACCACCACCACCACCACCACCGCUGCUGCUGAUGAUGACGAUCGAAGCAACGGUGCGUCAGGUAGCGGCCAAGCGUCGUGGCCUAGACGUCAAUCUGCUGAAGGCUCGUCUAGAAAUCGCAGAAAAAUUCAUCCUGGUUCUGGUAGCAGGGCCACACGAACCAACCCUUCCACCACCAGGAACAGUGAGAAUCAAACAGCCGAUGACGACGAGUGGGAAGAUAUUGCGGACGACGAAGAAGAAGAGUCCUGAUUUUUAGCUCAUCGUAUUUAAGUUCAAAAAGAAAAGCGCAGUGAAGCAACUUUGAUAGACGUCGCUCUCCUAGUUUUUCUAACUUGGCGCUGGUCCGUGAAUUUCGUUUCGUUUGCCGAUACCGAUUUACACAGCAGUCAUUUCGUUGCGUCCUGUCUCAGGGGCUAAUUGCGACACUCCUUUCCCCCAUAUUUUGUUGUUUUUCUAUACAUUAUGAAGCCUCACUUCUAUGUAUGAAAACCUUCAAUAAUACAGUUGACUUCUCUUUUAGAAGAACUAGUCAGAAGGGGAAUUUGUGGAAUUGCUCGCGCCAGUUUAUUAUGCUAGUUAUUAUCUUCGUGAUAGGCGCCGAUGCAGUUUUUUAAUGCCAUGUUUCAUAUUUACAUAUAAAGUUAAUUGACGUAUAUUGACACUCCAUUGAAGAAAUGUCGAGAACAUUUUUAAAGAAUGAGUAUUUUUUGUUUGAAUUCAGUAAUGUUGUAGAUUUAUCCUCAAGGUAGAAAUUCACCGUACGUAGAUAUCUUAGUCUUUGACUGCUUCUGACCGUAAAUAGAGACUGGUCUUUGACUGCUUCUAAUGUUCUACCGAAUGGUGUUGAGCAUCUUCAAAGAUAAUCCUAUGUUGUUCUAUUUGCACUGUUGAUGAUUGCGAGAGGAAGAGAACCAUAAUGCUUUGGCUUGGGGAAUAAUACACCAGGUUACUGGCUGGCUAAGGGUACGCCCACAGUGAAAGCAGGUUUGCCCGCGCGGGCAACCUGCUCCAACCUGCCACAA